CAGUGGGGCCGCCGCGCGUAGUCACGUAGUGGUAGUGGACACCUAUAUGCCGCCCGCUUGAUGUUCCUCCAACCAUUAUUUCACUCUUUCACGUUUCAAUGCAUUGAGUCGCUUCGGUGGGCUUUUGAACGAUUAUUGUAUGGAUUAUCGGUCAAGAUGAAGCUCUUUACUCUCAUCCCCUCGCUCCUCUACCUCAUCUCCGUCACUUUCGCUGCCUCGCCAAGUGUUGACAAAUUCGAGCGCUAUCAGUCUAUCUCUCGUCUUGCGCCCCUCCAGCUGGAUGACUCCUCUUAUGAUGAUCUCAUUGCAAAACCCCGUGACUAUUAUGCGGCAAUCAUCUUGACGGCAAUGGAAGCUCGGUUUGGCUGCGCUCUUUGCCGAGAUUUUCAACCCGAGUUCGAUCUGAUCGCCAGGAGUUGGAACAAAGGCAACAAGCCCGACGACCUGAAACUGCUUUUUGGUACCCUCGACUUCACCAAUGGCAAAAACACUUUCCAAAAACUCAUGCUUCAAACUGCUCCCGUACUUCUUGUUUUCCCUCCAACAGUCGGGCCAUACGCGAGAGUUGAUGACAGUCCAUUGAGAUUCGACUUCAGCGGUCCAAUUUCUGCUGACCAGGUGUACGCCUGGAUCAAUCGUCAUCUUCCUGAUGGACCAAAGCCGCCCCUCGUCCGUCCAAUCAACUAUGUGAGAAUCAUCUCAGGUCUCACAAUACUCAUGGGCGCAGUAACUCUAUUUACCGUACUCUCACCUUACGUACUUCCCAUUGUACGAAACCGGAAUCUGUGGGCUGCCUUUAGCUUGAUUGCCAUUCUUCUGUUCACAAGCGGCCACAUGUUCAACCACAUCCGCAAAGUGCCUUAUGUGGUUGGGGAUGGAAAGGGAGGUAUCAGCUAUUUUGCAGGCGGUUUCUCGAACCAAUUCGGGAUGGAAACCCAGGUUAUUGCUGCUAUCUAUGCCGUCUUGUCUUUUUCCGCGAUUGCGCUAGCUAUGAAGGUUCCCCGUAUUGCAGACAACAAGUCGCAGCAGGUGGCUGUUGUUAUUUGGGGAGUUGUGCUGCUCGGGACAUACAGUUUCCUCUUGAGUGUCUUCAGGGUGAAGAAUGGGGGAUACCCCUUCUUCCUACCUCCUUUUUAG